AUGACUAGACAAUUCAAUAAAACUGCAGUCAAGGGAGAUUUGUUCAAAUUUCAAAAGGACUUACCUAAAUUACCCGUUCCAACUUUAGAAGAAACUUCUGAAAAGUAUUUAAGAUCAAUCAGACCAUUUCUUAAUGAUCAACAAUUCAAUGAAAGUACUGCUAAAGUAAAGAAGUUUUUGAAUGGGGAAGGUCCUCAAUUACAAAGUAAAUUGGUUGAUUUUGCUAAAGGUAAAGAUAACUGGUUAUCUGAAUUUUGGGAUGAUUAUGCCUAUAUGAGUUAUAGAGAUCCUGUUGUUCCAUAUGUUUCAUACUUUUUAAGUCAUAAAGACUUACAUAAUGAAAUUGGUAAGAGUCAAUUGUUAAAAGCUACCUUAAUUACUUAUUAUACUACCAAAUUCAUGGAAUCAGUACAAAAUGAAACUUUAGAACCAGAAAUUAUUAAAGGUAACCCUUAUUGUAUGAAUGCUUUCCAUUAUAUGUUCAACAAUUCCAGAGUUCCAGCUGAAGGUAGUGAUAUCACUGUUAAAUACGAUGGUUUAGAACAUCAAUAUUUCACUGUUAUCAUAAAUAAUCAUUUCUACAAAGUUCCUCAUCAUAUUAAUGGUGAAGCUUUAACUAAAGAACAAAUUUACAGUCAAUUACAAUACAUUUUGAACGAUAGUGGAAAAUUUGGUGAAGGUGAACCAAUUGGGGUUUUAACUUCUUUAAAUAGAGAUGAAUGGUUAGAUUCUUAUAACAAUUUAGUUGGUUCACCAAUCAAUAAAGCUUCAUUAGAUACUAUUCAUGCUUCUAGUUUUGUUAUUUGUCUUGAUUCCAAUUCUCCAAUCACUAUUGAAGAAAAAUCUAGAAACUGCUGGCACGGAAAUGGUAAGAAUAGAUUCUUUGAUAAACCAGUUGAAUUUUUCAUCUCAGCUAAUGGUAAUUCUGGUUUCUUAGGUGAACAUUCAAAAAUGGAUGCCACUCCAACUGUUCAAUUAAAUAAUUAUCUUAUGAGUGAAAUCUCUAAAGAAGAUGCUGGUGCCUUGGUUGAAAGUAUCAAACAAAUCGAUUUAGUUGCUAAACCAGAAAAAUUAUUAUGGGAUAUUAAUGGCAAAGCUAGAAAUGAUAUCUCAUCCGCUUUAAUUAAAUUCAACCAAACCAUCGAAUCACAUGAUGAAGAAAUCUUCCAAUAUUAUGGAUUCGGUAAGAAUUUAAUCAAACAAUUCAAAGUUUCACCUGAUGCUUUUGUUCAAAUGGUUAUCCAAUUAGCUUAUUUCAAAUAUACUGGAAAAAUCAGACCAACUUAUGAAAGUGCUGCUACCAGAAAAUUCUUAAAGGGAAGAACUGAAACCGGUAGAUCAGUAUCUAUUGAAAGUAAAAAAUUCGUUGAAACUUGGGCCAAUCCUCAAUCAUCAACUGAAGAUAAAAUCCUGAGUUUUAAUGAUGCUUGUAAACAACAUGUUAAAUAUUUAACUGAAGCUGCUGAUGGUAAAGGUGUUGAUAGACAUUUCUUAGGUUUAAAACAAAUGAUUGAACCAGGUAAACCAGUACCAGAAAUUUUUACCGAUCCAAUCUUUGGUUACUCCCAAAGUUGGUAUUUAUCAACAUCGCAAAUUCCUUCAGAAUAUUUCCAAAGUUGGGGAUUCUCUCAAGUUAUUGAUGAUGGAUUUGGUUGUGCUUACUUAAUCAAUAAAGAUUGGGUUCAUGUUCACAUUUCAUGUAAAAAAGGUAAUGGGUUACAUUCCAAAUACUUGAAAUGGUAUUUAUUAGAGAGUAUUGAAGAGAUGAAGAGUGUAUUGAGUACUCAAUUACAAAAGGCUAAGAUGUGA